UUCUUCCGGUUUCUGCUGUCAACAGUGAGCUCCUCAGUGAAGUCAGCAGCACCGCUGCGGAGCUACGACGAUGUCAGAGCAGGAGUCCCUGAGGUGCUCCAGUGGCAGAAACCGCGGCGGCGUUCAGAGGGUCGAAGGCAAACUGCGAGCCAGCGUAGAAAAGGGGGAUUACUAUGAAGCACACCAGAUGUAUAGGACGUUAUUUUUUAGGUACAUGUCACAGGCAAAACACAGUGAAGCCAGGGAGCUGAUGUACAAUGGCGCCCUACUCUUCUUCAGCUAUAAUCAGCAAAACAGUGCAGCAGAUCUGUCCAUGCUGGUGCUUGAGGUGCUGGAGAAGUCAGAGGGCAAAGUGGAAGGGGAUAUUUUAGAAAGCCUGGCCAAGCUGUUCAGCCACAUGGAUCAAAACUCUCCUGAAAGAGUAGCCUUCGUGUCCAGAGCCUUGAAAUGGUCCACGGGAGGUUCCAGCAAAUUGGGGAACCCAAAGCUACACCAGCUAUUGGCUGUCACCCUGUGGAAAGAGCAAAACUAUAGCGAAUCUCGUUACCACUUCCUGCAUUCCUCUGACGGGGAGGGCUGUGCGCAGAUGCUGGUGGAGUAUUCGUCCUCCCGAGGUUUCCGCAGCGAGGUCGACAUGUUUGUGGCCCAGGCAGUCCUCCAGUUCCUCUGCCUAAAGAACAAAAACAGCGCUUCCGUGGUGUUCAGCACAUACACAGAGAAACAUCCUUCCAUAGAGAGGGGUCCUCCAUUUGUGCAGCCCCUUCUUAACUUUAUUUGGUUUUUGCUGCUGGCAGUGGAUGGGGGUAAAUUAACAGUUUUCACGGUGUUAUGUGAGCAAUAUCAACCUUCCCUCAAGAGGGAUCCCAUGUAUAAUGAGUACCUUGACAGAAUAGGGCAACUUUUCUUCGGCGUUCCCCCCAAACAAUCUCCGUCGUAUGGUGGCCUACUCGGAAACUUGCUGAACAGCCUGAUGGGAGCGGGUGAGGACGACGGCGUCGAGGAGGCCCAGGAGGACAGCAACCCCAUCGAGCUGGAUUGAGUCAACAGCUGAGGGAGCGAAGAGCAAAAGAGGACACAUCCUCGAAAAUACACACACGCGCACACACACACACAAGAAUGGGGAAGACCAUGCCACCCCCACCAUUAGUUGGCAAGGCGAGGCAGCAAUUCUUACACUUGCUCCAAGGGAUGGGUACCUUUCACAAUUGAAGUGGUUUGGUACCAGCUAUCGAUAGUUGCACUCAACGUUCGCAAUUUUGAUGGUGAUAAGUGUUAAUUUAUUUCAGAAUAAAAUCUCAAAUGUUCCAAUUGUCACUGUAUAAGCUUUGACAAAUAAGAAAACAACAUAACUUUUAAAACAAAUGAGACAUUUUCGGUACCCAUCCGUACUUCCUACCCUUGAAUGAAUUCAGCCAUCCAGUCUGAAAAUGUACUGGACUGCAUCCAGCUGCAGUAAUAUAUAUAUUUAAUCAUUACUUUGGGCUGCGUUCUGAGUUUUGGUUUUGAGGCAUUCUUUGACAGCAUUGUUGACAUGAUGUUCCCUACCUCCAGUGUUGCUUUCUUACAUUGUCACCAUGAGGUGCCAAUCUAUUCCCGUUAUCAGCAUUUCCCCCCCACCCUUAAUUCAGAUGUCUGAGUAGUUAUUGUAGUCAAGAGCACUUCUCAUUUUCUCAUCUGACCGUUUGUCCAUCAGCCGAAGGCAAAGCUUUAACAUUGUGUGCCUCCAAUCUCUGUUGCUUUUGGGCUGUUGGUUUCCACCUGCAGGAGGAAUUAGUUAUCUUGAAACGUUGCUAAAUUUUUUUCCGGCACUUUGAGAGAAACGGGGCAGCCGGGAAGGGGGGCGGGGUGAGAUUCUCUGUUGGGGAAUUGCUUUUCCCCCCUUUAUUAUUCAUGUCAGACAUGGAUCACAAUUUAGGAUGAGGGUUAACAUUUUUUUUGUUUAAUUGGGCACUUGUACACAAUUUUUGUAUGCAUAUUAGUGCUCAUUAAAAGUUCCACCACGGCUACCGAAUCUAGAAUUGCUUGAAAAUAUUUUGUGGGGUGGUAGGAAAGAUUGUUACCCUCAACCCCCUCCCCUGCAGUGGUCACUGUUUUGCAUUGGAGGCAAAAUAAAAAUGAACAACUUAAAUGAACACAGUUUCCUAAGAGACUUCUGAGAGUUGUUGGUUGUCACACAGCUACCGUAUUAUCAUAAAGACAAUUGUGUUCAACAUUUUCCUGAGUUUGAAACAUGUCAAAGCGUGCUUUUUUUUUUUUGCAAACCUGACAUAAGUCACUGCUGUUUGAUUUUUUUUCUCCUUUGAAAACAAGAGGGGCAUUUGCCUUUUCCACCAUACACUAACUGAUUCAAUAAACUAACAUUGAGAGGAUUGAGACUGACGUGAAACAAA